AUUAAGAAAAAAUAGCAAGUUAUGGGAUUUCAAUUGCGGUUGGAACGAAAACCAGCAUACACAUGGGUAUUCCAGGUCCGUGGUUGGGAACCACAGAUCUCGGAGAUGCCAAGCGCAAGACAAAUAUUGACUUUAUCAGAAGGCACAAAUGGGUCAUAAAGGAAAUGUAUGCAUGCAUUAUGGAUGUCUUGACUAAUACCUUUUUCGUACGUUGCGCGGACAGCAGUAAUGGGCUGGCUAUUGUUGGGGCUCCGCUAUUUGAAUUUCUUAUGCUAUAAUUUAAUGUUUUAAACAGAACCGACAGCAGGUGGCAGCGUCAGAACUUUCCACACUUGUUGCGGUUCCUCUUCCAUUAAUUAAUCUCCAGGUCUUUGUGUCUCUCUCCCAUUGUAAUCGUGGUAUUCACAAAAUGACAUUUUUUUUAUUUAUUGAUGUUUGCAAACAAUUACUUAAGCGAUGGACCCACACAAUGCCGGUGAAAUAAAAAUUUGAAAUAAGCCCUGCUUGAAGAUUGGGGCUCGGAUGUAACGAGGAAGGAAAGAAAGAAAGAAAGGAGGGAGGGACUCUCUAGCCAGCAUUUACGAUGACGUCAUCGCCCCGGGCGCGGAGAAGUGGACGGUCACAGAGAGAGCGUGCUGCAGGUGGGACGACGUUACAGCGCCGCUUCGCUUCCACUAGCGAAGGAUACGCCGUGGGUUUUUUAGGCUGCUUGGCAUUUCGUUGUGUUGGACAUACCAGGCAACAUGGGGAAGCUGCAGGAAUUCGAAAUCACCUUCACCAACAACAAAGUGGUCUACAGUCCGGGCGAAUCCAUUUCGGGAAUGGUUAAGAUCACAAGUGGAACCCCCCUGCAAUACAAAGCGAUUAAAGUGAACUGCCUGGGCUCCUGCGGCGUCUCCAAUAAGAUGAACGACACGUCGUGGGCCUUGGAGGAGCAGUACUUCAGCAGCACGCUGUCAGUCGCAGACAAAGGCACCCUGUUACCGGGGGAACACGGUUUCCCCUUCCAGUUCCUCAUUCCAGCCUCUGCCCCCACCUCCUUCGAAGGCCCUUUUGGGAAGAUCACAUACAGGGUGAAAGCGGUCAUAGACACCUCUCGCUUCUCCAAAGACUACAAGGCCCAGAAGCCCUUUUACCUGCUCAAUCUCCUCAACCUCAACGAAGUACCUGACAUCGAGCAACCCAGCUCGGCAGUGACGACGCGGAAGUUCACCUACCUCCUGGUGAAGACGGGGACGCUCAUGCUGAAGGCCCGCAGCGACCUGAGGGGGUACACCCCCGGCCAGGUCAUCAAACUGGCCACCGAGAUCCACAACAAGUCGGGCAAGGACACGGGCUGCGUGCUGGCCAGCCUCAUUCAGAAAGUCACCUACAAGACCAAGCGGGCAAUCUACGACCUGCGGACCAUCGCGGAGGUGGAGGGGGCGGGGGUGAAGGCGGGCAAGCAUGCCGAGUGGAAGGAGCAGAUCAUAGUCCCGCCCCUCCCUCAGUCAGCGCUCACUGGCUGCAGCCUCAUCGAAAUCGACUACUUCAUACAGGUGUCUCUGAAGUCCCCGGACGCCGUGGCGACCCUCCCCAUCUACAUCGGCAACAUCGCGGUGAACCUGACCCCCUCGCGGCCCACGCCGCCGACCCCCGCCCCCCGCGCCGCCCCCCUCCCCGCCCCCAGGUCCAGCCCCGGGCGGGUGACCCCCAGCGCCCCCCCGGCCGAGGAGGUGGAGGGGGACCCGGAGGAGGAGGACCUGGGGGCGGGGGGCCCCGUCAGCGAGGCGAUCCCCACCAAGAGCCACUCCCAGCAGGACCACACCGCGCUGCCGCCCUGUGUGUCCCCCAGCGCCUUCAGCUACGCCCCGGGCCUCACCUUCCCGCAGAGCCAGCGCUGCGGCGACGCCCCGGACGGCUCCGCGCCCCUGUUCUGCGUCUCCACCGGCGCCACCAUCCCCUUCUUCUCCGAGGGCAGCGCCACGCCCGUGCCCACCUCCUGUCCGCUGAUCCUGCCCCCGGAGUACAGCACCUGGGACUACCCGCACGAACCACCUCCCACUUAUGAGGAGAGCUGCAGCAGCAACAACUCCAGCUUCAGUAGCAGGCGAUAGACGAGCUGGCAGAGUACGAGACUCUUUCCCCACUGGUGUGCUCCCUGCAGCGCAAUACAGCCCCCUGCAGGCCAGGUUGGAUAAUGCAGUCCAGCUCUGAAUGAACUGAACAAACCACUCCUUAAAUAGAAUGUUCUUUUGUUUCAUUCCUUCCUCCAUAUACAUUUAUAAUGGAUUUGUUUUUUUUUUAAUUAACAUUUUUUCCCCUCCUCUGACCCUUUCUGAAAUUAAAAUGAGGCUGUUUUUUAUUUUUUUAAAAGCAAAGGAGCUGCACCGAUAUGUAAGCUGGGAAAAUGGUCUGUCUGACUGUAGGGCAUUUUGGAAAACGUUGUGCAUAGCUCUGCACGAGAGUGCUUUUAAAAGGUUAAUUAAUUCUGUUUUUUCAUUCUUUUUUUUUGCCAGCAUCUGUGAUGCCUUAAAUCAAAAACGUGACUUACUACUGAGUUUCGAUUUCGAUUUUCUUCCCCUUCUUCUUUCUAUUUUCAUGCAACCAAAGUUGGCCUUUUAGAUCUUGUUCAUUGAAUCAUGUGCUAAAUGGACCCUGUGAACGUCCAGCUGUUAAAAGGAGCCUGUGAAAGUCCAGCUGUUAAAAGGAGCCUGUGAAAGUCCAGCUGAUAAAGGAACCUGUGAAAGUCCAGCUGAUAAAGGAACCUGUGAAAGUCCAGCUGAUAAUGGAACCUGUGAAAGUCCAGCUGUUAAAAGGAGCCUGUGAAAGUCCAGCUGUUAAAUGGAACCUGUGAAAGUGCAGCUGUUAAAGGAGCCUGUGAAAGUCCAGCUGUUAAAAGGAGCCUGUGAAAGUCCAGCUGUUAAAAGGAACCUGUGAAAGUCCAACUGUUAAAUGGAACCUGUGAAAGUCCAGCUGUUAAAAGGAGCCUGUGAAAGUCCAGCUGUUAAAGGAACCUGUGAAAGUCCAGCUGUUAAAGGAACCUGUGAAAGUCCAGCUGUUAAAAGGAGCCUGUGAAAGUCCAGCUGUUAAAAGGAACCUGUGAAUGUCCAGCUGUUAAAAGGAGCCUGUGAAAGUCCAGCUGUAAAAGGAACCUGUGAAAGUCCAGCUGCUCCCUAGCGCUAGCGAGGACAGCUCACCGCAUGGCAUUGCGCAGCGGCGCGGCUCGCUAGCGUUCGUCAGAGACUGAGCCUCACUGCGGCCAGAGCCCGGCGCACGAAGAUGACCGCGCUCCGUGGGCCAGCUGCUAAGGAUUGUGGGUCUCCAGGCCCCCCUGGGCGGGGCUGCUGAUCGGGGGCUCUGCUUGGUGUGCGAAUGCCCCUGAGGGACCGCGGCCCUGCUAGCCUUCACUGGAAGAGAAGGAGCGGGUCCAGCUCUCUCCGCCUGUCCGUUUUCACCAUCCUGUUUGGGACUCCUCUCGCCCCCCCCUGAUCAUAAACCGUGCCCCUGGGGCCCAGAUGCCCCGCUUAAUCAUCUGGAGAGACAGGCACAGGGUUUGCUGUUGGAGUUAUGUGGGGGCACAAUCAAGCACACGGGUGCGCGUACGGACGCACAAGCGCACGCGCGCGCACACACACACACACACACGCACACACACACACACGCGCGCACACACACAUGCACACACUGGCACGCACGCACGCACACGCACGCACACACACAUGCACGCACACACACAUGCACACACACACGCGCACACACACGCACACACAUGCGCACGCACGCACGCACACGCACGCACACACGCACACACACACGGUCUGAGACCUGAUGCACAUGCUGCUGUUUGAUGAGCCUGACCUUACUGAGGUGGAGGGAUGGUGGACUGAGGUCACGCACUGCAUAUCCCAAGAUGCCUUACUGUUCUCACAUAGAUUACUACAUUUGGGCUGACACUCAUGUUAAUUUAAUCACCGUGUGCAUUCGAUGGUGGUUUUUUAAAUUUUUUUUUAUGCAUUUGAAAUGGAGGUCAGGUUGGAUUCAGAAGGAGCAUGCUGGCGUUCCAACCAGCAGACGAAAUUGUACAAGCACAGAGGGCACUUUGGAGAGACGCGCUCAAAGCUACGCUGGUGCGUGUAUGUUCGUGUGUGUGGAUGCGUAUGCGCUCGUUUGCGUGGCUAUGCCUGUUUGAAUGUUUCUGUGCAAACUGUAUGCGCGCCUCACGCUGGUUCCGUUAGGUUUGAUGGGCAGUCCAUCCCUCUCCUUUCUGGAAGUCCCGGAUUUGAUAGUAUUUUCAUCUCGUGCAAUUUCUUGAGCCUUGCACAGCCAAAUACUGUGACAUUUAGAUUUCAAAAAAGGAGGAGAAAAACACAUUUUUCAUCUUCAACUCCUGUUACUCAUGUAGCAGCAACAUUCCUGAUUGGAUUUAGCACUGUAAAUUGAUGUUACAAUCAUCUCUGCAACGGAGCCACAUUCUUUGUCAAAGUAACGCUAACAGUCUGUUUCACGAACUCUGCGUGUGUACAGCACCAAAUACCUACACGCAUGUUUGGCAUUGGGUCACUUUUUCAUUGGAGGAAAGUGAGAGGGGGAGAAGGAAGAGGAAAGGAGAGAGAGAGAGAACAGAGGAGCAGAGAGAGAGUGCAUCGCGAUUGACUAGACCGCAAGAGGGAAGAAUGCUGAUCGUCCACCUGGGUGGAUUUAUGUCGAAUCAUCUGUGUUCAACCACUUCCUGAAGAUGCCAUGACCACUGGGAAUAGCUUUUUAAACGUUUUUUUUUUUGUUUGAACUUGUACGCUGACAUUUUAAAGGCACUAUUUAUGGUCCAAUGAAGAAGCGAAACCCAGGAGGGAAAUUUAGUCGGACGGUUCUAGCAUUUUUGAAUCGCCCUUCCAAGGGCGAUUCAGUGGUUGUGCCUGUUCCCUUGGUACUGUAUGUCCAACUAAACACUCACCCUGGGGUCCAUUUUCUAGUCUUUUCUGACUUUCCCCAUUAAACUACAAGAUUUUAUUCACAUUCUGAUUACAUGUGUUUUUUUUGUUGAAAAUGAUGAUUUUACUGAACAGUAACUUCUGAGGUGCCAUAUUACUCGGGUCGUCUGUUGUUGGGUGUGGCCUAUGCUGGAAUCCUGUGUCUUUAUUCUUGGUAUGGGGGGUGUCAUCACAAUGCUCUCUCAUUUUACUGCUUGUAUGACAUCACAAUGCCUCCGAACCCUAAUCCUGCUGCUGACCAGCAUACCAUAUUUUAAUCUCUGUCACUACAGCAACUGUGUUCAAUUCCAUUUGGUGGCAUGACAACAUGUCUCGAAAGCAGUCCGUUUUUUCUUCUUCUUUGGGUUUAUCUUUUUGUCAUGCAUCAAAUGAACAUGACACAUUUCAGUACAUCGUUAAACCUAAAAUCUAAAAUGUAAGGAAUAUAUUUCUGAUAUAUGUUUAAAACAGUAAAAUAUAGUACCAAAUAAUUUCUGCUACCAUGCAUGCAGUUUUUUUGCAUGUAUGCAAGAAUGUAUUUUGUAAUAUAUAUAUAAUUCAUAGCAUAUCCUAAACCAUAUGUUUCUAUAUUGUGUAUAUAUACAUGGGCAAUGGUAAUAAAUGAAAUAUUUGAAUUGAAUAUUGUGUUGAACAUUUUAGAAUUAUUUUAGAAAUAUAUUCCUUAAAUUUUGUAGUUCUUGUCUUAUUGCAUGUAACUUGGAAUAGGGAACAAUUAAACUGGCCGGAGAAUUCACACACACACACACACAGACAACAUACACAACCAAGUUCAGGAUGCUCCAGAUUGUCUCAUUCGUCUCAGAAAACGCAGAUUCAUUCCCCAGCCGCCAUCACUGCACAGUCGCACCAUUUCCAGCUACAGAGUGCUAAUGUAGCAGUGAGGAUUCCUUCACUCUCUGUUUAUUGUUUUGUUUGUCAUUGCAUUUCUGACUGGCCUGAUUUAAUUUUUACCCAUCCAAGUUAUUUCACAUAAGAAGGGCACCGUGCAAUUUUUGUCCUAUGUAUCUUUACCUUUAUUAUCUCUACCCCUUUCUGAGAGUGCAUUGUUGGUAAGGUCUUUCUGAAAGUCAUUUGAAGCUGCCUUUAUCCAGAGUGUCUACAGUUUGCAUUUUUCUCCACACAAGGUUCUAUGGCUUUAUUGAUUUCAUUGUGUUGUUUUUGGCUGUACAGGAGUUUCACCCCUCUUGUGAAAGAUGUGCGGUUUUGUAUUUUUCUACUUGUAACAGUUUGUCCUGUGUGUACAAAACAUCUGAGUAAUAAUAAUAAUAGUAAUGAUAAUAAAUUUCCCUUUAUCCUACCAGAAAUGUUCUGAAUAGCACCUUAGUGAAUCUAUGUUCCAUUUAAAGAAAGAGUUGUUUUAAAAUCAUUAAUGUACACUGUACUAAUAAAAUUGUUUUAAAUGUAUCAGGCUUUUUGACAUUUCCAGCUAAGUAUUCUACCAAAUAAAAUUUUUAUCUUUC